AGGAAAAUAAUUUGCGGGGAGAAAGAUCUUGGCGCCGAUUUUACGAAGACUGUGUCGGGUCGUAAUCCAACGCUUUCUUUUCGGAGUCUCCGGCAACUGAUUUUCGUCGAGGAAGAGUCGAUACUCCUUCCGUCGCUCUCAAUUUCCCGCUGAUGCAGUCACUUCUCAAAGCUCGCCGCUCAUUUUGCUCACUGAAUCAUCUUCGUCGCUCAUCAACUUUCAUUUUGGAAGACGCAAAACCGGAAACUGCCAUUGAAAGAAGCUCUACGUUCAUCCAUCCAACCGCUGUCGUACAUCCGAAUGCUGUAAUUGGCGAGGAUGGGUAUAUUGGUCCAUUCUGUACUGUGGGAGCCUUUGCAAAGCUUGGAAAUGGUUGUCAAUUACAUCCUGGAAGCCACAUUUUUGGCUGUACAGAACUAGGGGAUCGAUGUGUCUUGAUGACUGGCGCAAUAGUUGGUGAGGACCUUCCUGGUCGUACGGUCAUUGGGUGUAAUAACAAAAUAGGUCACCAUGCAGUGGUUGGCAUUAGAUGCCAAGACAUGAAAUACAAGCCAGGGGAUGAAUGCUUCCUUGAUAUUGGAGAUAACAAUGACAUAAGAGAACAUUCAUCAAUCCACCGAUCUUCGAAGUCGAGUGAUGUGACGGCUAUUGGUGACAACAAUCUCAUAAUGGGAUCCUGUCAUAUUGCUCAUGAUUGCAAGAUCGGGAACAACAAUAUUUUUGCAAAUAAUACUCUUCUAGCCGGCCAUGUUGUGGUGGAGGACUACGUUCACACAGCAGGCGCCACUGCAGUUCAUCAAUUCUGCCAUGUUGGUUCUUUCUCAUUUGUUGCUGCGGGUUCGAUGGUUUCCCAAGAUGUACCUAAAUAUAUGAUGGUGGCGGGAGAAAGACCAGAACUUCGUGGUUUGAAUCUAGAGGGACUUCGGCGCAAUGGAUUCACGGUGGAAGAGAUCAAUGGCUUGAGAUCUGCUUACAGGAAGGUAUUCAUGCCUACUGAUACAAAGUUUAAAGGGUUGGAAGAACGUCUCGAAGAAGUGGAACAGAAUGAAAAAUUGGCUCACAUACCUUCAGUGCAUUCCAUGAUUCGGUCUAUUCGUGCCUCGUUUCAACAAAAUCGUAGGGGCAUAUGCAAAUUCAGACUAUGGAAUGGCAUUUAAGAUGCUUUAGAGCUUACUUCUGAACCCAGAAAGAAGAAGAAAGAAACUUGCACUUGUGGUUGCGGAUGUUAGUUCUCUCUUCUGGCGUUCCAGCCAUUUGCACACUUUUUGCUCAAUAGUUGCUGCACAUUUACUGUCGACUCCGCGAGAUACUGUUAAUUAGUGGGUUAUCAAGAGCCUUGUGACAUUUGUGUGAUCUUUACUUCUUUUACCAUUCUGAUAGAACUCAUUACAUUGAAUCAAGCGUAUAAUGGUUUGCCCAACAACAAUUUAAGGAUUGCUCAUGUUUCCCUUACCCUCUCUUUGGGCCUUUUAAGGAUUGCUCAUGUUUCCCCUACCCUCUCUUUGGGCCUCUUUGGACAUGUUUGAGAAUAAUUUUGGAAUGACAGAAAUCACUUUUGAGAGGUUUACUAAAA